GUUUGUGAGGAGCGGGAACCAUGUAGGCAUGGCGGGGUGUGGUGAUCCUGGGGCUAUUAUCCUAUUAUUAGACAUUUAUUUUUAGCUUGACUUUAAAAAAAAACAAACAAACAACCCACAACGUUUCGAUGACAACUGGGAUGUGCUCACAGCUACCUUGGUGUGACUGUAUAUUACACCAGCUGGGGUGAGCCUCAGAGACCACCAUGGGAAAUACAGUUGUGAGGGAUAAAUUUGAAUGGGUCUACACAGAUCAACCACAUUCAGACAGAAGGAAAGAGAUAUUGGCCAAGUAUCCUGAGAUCAAGAGUUUAAUGGGGCCUGACCCACACCUAAAAUGGACUGUGUCUUUUAUGGUUCUUGUCCAAGUGCUGUGCUGCUUUCUUGUCCAAGACCUAUCUUGGAAAUGGCUGUUCUUCUGGUCUUAUGUUUUUGGGGGUGUAAUCAACCAUUCACUAACUCUUGCCAUUCAUGACAUCUCCCACAAUGUGGCAUUUGGAAAUAGGUCAGCACGUUUGAACCGAUUCUUUGGGAUGUUUGCUAACCUUCCCAUUGGUGUGCCUUACUCCACAUCAUUCAAAAAGUAUCACAUUGAUCAUCAUAGAUACCUUGGUGGAGAUGGACUUGAUGUUGACAUUCCCACAGAUUUUGAAGGGCAAUUUUUCUGCACCCCUAUGCGCAAAGUCGUGUGGAUCAUCCUUCAGCCUCUACUUUAUGUUCUGCGUCCACUUUAUGUUAAUCCCAAGCCCAUCACCGAACUAGAAGUGAUCAACUCCUUAGUUCAAUUUUCCUUUGAUUUGUUGAUUUACUCUCUGUGGGGUUUGAAACCUGUGGUCUACCUUUUGGCUGGUUCCAUUUUGUCUAUGGGCUUUCAUCCCAUUUCAGGGCACUUCAUUGCAGAGCACUACAUGUUUUUAAAGGGUUACGAAACCUAUUCCUACUAUGGUCCCCUGAACCUGUUGACUUUCAAUGUUGGCUACCACAUGGAGCAUCAUGACUUCCCCAGCAUCCCCGGCAGCAAGCUUCCAUUGGUACGUAAGAUCGCUGCUGAAUACUACGACAAUCUCCCAUACCAUACAUCGUGGGGACGAGUACUCUGGGAUUUCAUAUUCUGCAAAGAAUUGGGACCAUUCUCUCGUGUUAAGAGAGAGUGUGAACUUGCAAAAAAGGACUAAAAAUAAACUGAAAGAAAUUAUUUAUUUCACUCUCGCGUGUAUAGAUAAUGAUAAUUAAUUUAGGAAACUACAUUAACUGUAUACACUUUUUUUAAAUUUGGCAUUCAUUUUUAAUAGUGCAAGCAUUUAAAAGGCAAAAUUAUCAAACAUAUUAAACCCCAUAAUGCACAAUUGGCCCUAACAAGCAAUUGCCCAUGAACAGUCUAUUCAGGUGCCUCAUUCUUGGGCCCUUUCCUCCUGCCUGCAUACUGGCUCAGGACAAGAGUUUAGGCUAAUAAAGGUUAUUUGGAAAUUUCUACCAAGAUGGCCUUAUAUAUUUUUUUUCAUCCACUGCUUUAAAAGUAUUUUCCAGAAUUGUAAAAAAUUCUUCUGUAAAGGUAUCCACUUAACACUGUUAAAAUGAAGUGCCAAUGUAUCAGUCUGUGGCUUAUGGCCACCUUACAAUUAAUAUACAUAAAAAUUUUCAAUAUCCUUAUGGAUUAUCCGACAACCUACUAGAACAAUUUUCCUAGUAGAAAUGCACUAUAAUUAUUUAGUAUAAAGGAAUGACCAAGAAGGGGGAAAAAAACCUCUAUAUGUGCAUGUAAACUGUACACUUCAGUGAUUGUUUACCUUGACACUGCAGAUAUUUCUGAACGACAUAUCCAUGACAAUCAGCUAGCCUUUAGGCAAAUAAAUAUCCUUAGUGCCUAGGUAAGCAAUUACUGCUGUAACUUUUUCACAUUUGUAUCAGUACACAUUAUUUGUGGAGAACAGUAUUUUGCUGCUUUGUAUCUAAAUAUGUUCCACCGAUGAUAUCACUUCUUCAUGGUAUUGUUUUAUCUAUGAUCUGUCACGGCUCACGGGGAAGCCCUGCAGGCCAUGGUAACACCUUCUCUGAGCAUCAAAUGCAUUAAUGAAGAAUUCAUGUUUUGUUUUUUUACUUUUUCUCUUGAUCUAGUGCUCACCAUUGUCAGUCUACAUCCUAUCCGUUAGUACUUUUUGUUCUUCUUUCUACUCUGUGAAAUCAUAGCUUCUCAAUCUCUGAUAGAUCUUCUACAUUUUGAAUUACUACUAAGUGACUUUACUAAUGUGGGCUCCUCAAGAGAUUUCUCUAGGAGAGCUUGUACAGCAAUCACGCACAUUGCUCACGUGACUAGUAUCAUAAUUUAUUAAGCUUGUUGGCAAUUUUCAUAGAAUCUACCUAGCUAUUGUUCUUUAUUUCAUGAAUAGUUAUAUUAUUUUUCUUGGAUAAAAAUACUUAUGUGCACUGUACAGCUGGGGUUUUUU